AAAAGUGCAAACGAAGAGCCAGUGUUUCAAUCAACAACAAAAACAGAGGCGUGGACUCGACUUUAACACCAAUGACUCGUCACUUAACUUGGAUUUUAGCCUUUUGACUCGACCUGACUUGAUACCGUCCCCAAGCCCAGAUACUAAAAAUGACGCUAUUAAAAAAGUGUUAAGAAAGAAAAAUAUCGGAUAUAAAGACUACACUGUAUCAACAAAAAACGGAUUUCAAAUUGCAAAACAUGCGGGAAGAAAAUUAGACGGAGGCGCAACAACUUCCAACUUUGUUCGACAUUUGAAGUUGCACAAAGAACGGUAACCAGAUCGUGACUACAACUAAGUCUUUGACCACACUGUGUCCUUAUAUUGGACGCCGUGGGGCGGCAAGUAACCUAGUGGGUAGAGCGUUGGACUAGUAACCGAAAGGUUGCAAGAUCGAAUCCCUGAGCUGACAAGGUCUACAUGAGGAUUGACGACAACCAGGAUGUUCAAAUCUAAGAAUCCAGGGCGCCGGACCUUCUUCCACUGAGAUGUUGAGGAUUGGAGAACCAUGACGCAGUUUCAAAGCUUGAUAUGGAUAAUGAUCAUUUUGACACUUCUAAACAUUCAGCUCUCUAGUGCAUGUGGUAAAGCAGAGUACAGAACAGGUGAUAAAUGCUGUCCUAUGUGUUCUCCAGGAAACCGGGUACAUAAACACUGUACAGAAUUUACAAGUACUUCCUGUGUCCACUGUACCGACUCCACUUUCCUUGAUGAACCCAAUGGUCUUACGGCAUGCAUACCGUGCACAAACAACUGUGACCCUGGCUUUGGUUUGAUGGUAAAGAAGCCAUGUACACCUUCAUCAGACACUGUCUGUGAGACAUUGGAGGGGUUCUACUGUCUAGACCCAACUAAGGAUGGUUGUAGAGCAGCCCAGAGACACAGCAGCUGUAAACCUGGUCAAUACAUCAGCCACACAGGAACAACAUCUACAGAUACUGUGUGUUCUGACUGUACUGGUGAUGCCUAUUCAAAUGGAUCAUUUACAUCCUGCCAGACAUAUACACAAUGUGAUACCUUGAAGCUUCAGCAAAUUAAAACUGGAACUCAUUGGUCUGACUCUGAAUGUGGACCACAGACCUCCCUUUCCAUGGCAAUAAUAUAUGCUGUGGUGGGGGUGGGGGUGGUGGUACUAGCUGUGAUAGCAGCAGUAGCUAUUAGAAGAAAAAGAAAAGGUCCUAUAUCUGAGAGGACUUUUCCAGAGACACAAAGCCCUACAGAGGUAUCAGUCACUGAGGGAACGUGAAUGCUGUUUGUGGGAACAAGAACAGAUUCAAGCCUCCAGGACAUUCAUCAGAACAAUCCAGUCUAAUUUGUGGUUCAUUGGCUUGAGAACGAGACUAGGCAGUAGGGCCCAAUUUCUUUCCACUACAUGGUAAAUGUGAUCUAGACUCCAUUUUGAAAUAAAAGUUGGAGGCUGGCACAUUUGUUUUGUAAAGAUUAAAAAGGGCAUGACCUUGAAGACAGCCUGUCUUCCAAUACUGGGGAUGAAGAUGGAAACCUUGUAGGAGCCAGGUCUGUUCUGUCCGGGGAAGGUCAGGUGUGUCGAUGAUUUCAAAUGGUCAGUCCAAGUCUGUUGAUGGUAAUUGGAAUUAAACACAAAUUAGAUUUUGUAAGACACUGCACCUGGUCUUUGGAUACUGGUGCCAGGUACAUUGAGCAAUUGCCCUUGAACUGAGGAAAUCUACAGAUGAUUCCACAACAUCCCCAUGGACCUUAUGGAACUUGUGAUGUACUGUAGAUUCUGUUGACACAAACUGUGCAAAGGACAUACGAAUGAGAUUUCCUGGACACUGGUAUGGGGAAAAAAUGGACUCCACUUGUUGAGUGACCAAUGGUGAUUGGUCACAUAUGUCCAGUGUGACCCAAUUUUUAUUUUGUUAAACUAGGCAAGUCAGUUAAGAACAAAUUCUUAUUUACAAUGACGGCCAAACCCGGACGACACUGGGCCAAUUGUGCAUCGCCUUAUGGGACUCCCAAUCACGGCCGGAUGUGAUACAGCCUGGAUUAGAACCAGGGGCUGUAGUGACUCCUCUUGCACUGAGAUGCAUUGCCUUAGACCUGUGCCACUGGGGAGCUCUGAUGCAAAGCAAUGGGACAAAUGUUUUGUAUACAGUUCUAUUCUUACAAUCCUCCUAAAGUAUAUAUUUUAUUGUCACACUGGGAUACGUGCUGUGAAAUGUGUUGUUUUACAGGGUCAGCCAUAGUAGUACUCUGCCCCUGGAGCAAAUUAGGUUUAAGUGCCUUGCUCAAGAACACAUCAACAGAUUUUUACCUUGAUUGUAUAGUUAUUUGUACUUUGUAGGUAUUGUAUUAUACUUUGCACAUUAUUAUAUUCCAUUUUUCAUUGUAUUGAUAAUGUAUUGAUGUUUUUGAUUCCAUGGGUUUAUAGUCUAUUCUAUUGAAUCCAUUUGCUUCUCUGUAAGUCAUGGGUUAUGCUUGUUUCACCACCAUCAGUGCUCAGUCUAUCUGAAGUCUAUUGUUGCUGUAAGUGUAUUGCUGGUGACUAAUGUCCCCUCUUGGGAUUAAUAAAUAGAGGAUCUGCAAUACAAUUAAGCCAGCUAACUUUCUUAUGUUCCAGUGUCCCAAUGACGUUAGCUACAUUGUAAAAAUGCUAUUGAAUAAAGCAAAUUGAUUGAAGCAA